AUGUCCUGGUUCCCACUCUGUGCUCUGCUGGUGCUACUCCUGUGGGGAUCGCCGUCUGCUGCUCACCCCUGUCCCCCACAGUGUGUCUGUGAGACUCGCCCGUGGUUCACCCCCCAGUCUGUCUACCAUGAGGCCCGCACGGUGGACUGCAAUGACCUGUUGCUGACCCGUGUGCCAGCGAAUCUCUCCUCAGACACGCAGGUCCUCCUGCUCCAGAGCAAUAAGAUAUCCCAGGUCAUUUGGGAACUCCAGCACUUGUUCAACUUGACCGAGCUUGACCUCUCCCAGAACCACUUCUCCAGGAUCAGUGACACUGGGCUGGCCAACCUCUCCCACCUCAUCACGCUUUACCUGGAGGAGAACCAGGUGGAGGAGCUGCCUGACCACUGCUUGGAUGACCUGGUGGCCCUAGAAGAACUUUACAUUAACCACAACCGCAUCUCCAGCAUUGAGCCGUUGGCAUUUGCCGGCUUGGGCAACCUGCUCCGCCUCCACCUCAACGCCAAUCGUCUCCGGGCCAUUGACCACCGCUGGUUCCUCUCCCUCCCCAAUUUGGAGAUCCUUAUGAUUGGAGAGAACCCCAUCUCCCAGUUGGCUGGCGGGAGCUUCCAGCCACUGGGGCGGCUUCACAGCCUCGUCUUGGCUGGGAUGGAGCUGAGCGAAGUGCCCUCUGAUGCUUUCCAAGGCCUCGACUACCUGGAGAGUUUGUCCUUUUAUGAUAACCACCUCCCACGUGUCCCCACCAAGGCACUGAAGGGCCUGCCUCUCUUGAAAUUCCUGGAUCUCAACAAGAACCCCAUCACAGAGGUUUGGACAGGAGACUUCAAGGAUAUGCUGCACCUAGAAGAGUUGAGCCUCAAUGGUAUGGAAGAACUCACCGGCAUCCACAAAGGUGCUUUCCAGAACCUUCCAGAGUUGGCCAAACUUGAGCUGUGCAACAACCCACAUCUCUCCUAUUUGCACCCAGGUGCCUUCCUGGGGGUGCCGGCUCUCCGCACCCUGCUAGCUAGCAAUGCGGCCCUCAGUCUUCUCCCCCUAGGCCUGACAGGUGCCUUGCCAGCUUUGGCUGAGCUCAGUCUCUAUGGAAACCCGCUGCGUUGUGACUGCCAAGAGGCCUGGGAACCAUUAGCCACAGGACACAUCCGGUUGAUUGAGUCCCAAACCACUCUCUGUACCUCACCCUCAGAAGCUGCUGGCCAAGAGCUCCAAGAAGCCCUGAAAGGUGUCAUGGGAGGAGCUUGCUUGCCAGAAAUCGCUUCCUCGAAGGAUUCCCCAGAACGGCUGGAGGUAUCAUCCGGCUCAACAAUAGCUCUGAAUUGCCAGGCCAGCUCAGAGCCGCCACCACAGUUCCACUGGAUAUCACCAUCUGGGGAAAAACUAACCAUAGGUUCAGGGAGGCUUCAUCUGAGGGUUGGGGGAACUCUCGAGAUCAGCACGGUGAACCCAGCGGACUCUGGAAUCUACACUUGCGUGGCGUGGAAUGGACUGGGUUCGACGAGCCACAGCGUGGCCCUUGCUGUGAUUGGGGAAAGACCCAUCACCCCUGCCAGGCUGCUAGUCCUGGCAAAGAAGGUGCAGUCACAUUUUGUGGUGGUGGAGUGGACGAUGUCCUUCACGGAGGGGCAGAAAAAUGAGCGGGGCGGGGAGUCAGCCACAGCCCACCCACCACCUCCUCCAUCAUGGUCAUCAGCAACCAUGCGCAUCCACAACCCCCACCUGAGCUACACGGCACGGGUUCCUGUGGGUAUCCGGGAAUUCAACUUGACACAUUUGCAGCCUGCUACCCGCUAUGAGAUUUGCCUUACUGUCGUGUCCUCCAUCCCCAAGCCUUUGGCGGCUGCUGGUUACACCGAUGCCCCCCCAUCCUUAGCCACCGCCACAAGCUCUGCAGUCUCUUCUGUGCGUUCUCUGGAGACGGUCUUAGCAACCACGAGAGCUUCUGUACCUUCUCCGAGUGCCUUGGCAACCUCCAAAGGCUCUUCGACAUCUUCAGCGGGUCACUUAGCAACGGCGGCUCCUUUAGCAACUCCCAAAGGCUCCUCGGCGCCCGCUACAGGGCUCUGGGCAACCUCCACCAUUCCCGCGUCCCUUCUGCAGCUGCCCCGCACGCAGCGCUCCUGCCUCAACGUCACCACCAAGGAGGCCCCGCUCUCCGUGGAGUUGAUGGGAGGGUGGGCCGGAGGCGCGGCCCUGGCUGCCGUUACCGGCUCCUUGCUGGCAGUGCUGAGUGCCGUGCUCCUGCUUCUCUGCGCCUCGCGGCGGCUCAAGGAGAAGGGCUGCCGCCAUUCGCUCAAGAAGUACAUGCAGCACGCGGCGGCGAUUCCACUCAACGAGGUCUACCCGCCCCUGAUCAGCUUGUGGGACGCCGAGGGAGACAUGCCCAUGGCUCCGCUUGCACAACUGGCGCCUCCCGCCCCAACUCCUCCGCCUCCCCCCACAGUGGGAGGGCAGGCGCUUCUGCUGCCACCCCCGCCUGGGCAAAUUGACACUUCCAAGACCUAUCUGUGGCAGCAGCCAUGAUGGAUGAGGGGCGAGGUGGGCAGGCAGGCGCUCCUCCUGACCCAGCCACG